AUGAGGAACCAUACAACACUGACCGUGUUCAUCCUCCAGGGACUGACGAAAGACCCACAGCUACAGAUUCUGGUAUUUAUAGUUCUACUUAUGACCUACAUGUUGACUGUCACCGGAAAUCUAACCAUCAUCAUUCUCACAUUAGUGGAUUCUCACCUCAAAACGGCCAUGUAUCUUUUCCUCCAAAACUUCUCCUUCUUAGAAAUCUUGUUCACUUCAUCCUCCAUCCCAAGAUUCCUACACAGUAUAUCUACGGGUGACAGGACCAUUGCAUAUGAUGCUUGCUUAAGUCAAUUGUUUUUUACAGAUGUGUUCGGAGUAACGGAAUUUUUCCUUCUUGUCACCAUGUCCUAUGAUCGAUACGUGGCCAUCUGUAAACCUUUGCACUACGUGACCAUCCUGAACCACAACGCCUGUAAAAGGUUUAUCCUAGGGUGCUGGAUGAUUGCUAUUUUGAUGAUAUUCCCAGCUGUUCUCAUGUUACUGGAUCUGGAAUUCUGUGAUUCUAAUGUCAUUGACCAUUUUCUUUGUGAUGCCAAUCCUAUCCUGAAGAUCGCAUGCACAGAUCCAUGGAACGUCGAGCAAAUGGUCCUGGCCUGCUCUGUAGUGGUCUUUAUCAUGACUCUAGUGUGUGUGGUCUUGUCCUACACAUAUAUCCUGAGAACAAUUUUAAGAUUCCCCUCUGCUCAACAAAGGAAAAAGGCUUUUUCUACUUGUUCUUCCCACUUCAUUGUGGUUUCCAUCACCUAUGGCAGCUGCAUCUUUGUCUAUAUCAAACCUUCAGCAAAGGAUGAAAUGGCUGUCAAUAAGGGGGUGACAAUAUUAACAACGUCCAUUUCCCCCAUGUUAAACCCAUUUAUUUAUACUCUGAGGAACAAGCAGGUCAAACAAGCCUUUAGAGACUUAACCAAAAGAAUUCUAUUACUCUCAAAGCAUUAG